UUCUUCAUAUGAGUUGGUUAAGAUUGGUUCCUAAUAAACCCAUUUCCUCUAUAUUUGAAUUAACACACUUUGUUGUUCCUUUCUCUCUUUAAUUAUUACCAAUUAUGGCUCAAUUGCCCCCCAAAAUACCUUCUUUCCCUCAAAAUUGGCCUCCUUUUCCUCCUCCUCCUACUUCAAUGCCCAAUAGUUUAUCAUCUCCUCCCCCCCCGCCGCCUUCCUCCACCUCCUCCUCAGCUGCUUCCUGGCUCGAUGAUUUCCUCGACUUCUCCACCGCCCGCCGCGGCCUUCACCGGAGAUCCAUUAGCGACUCCAUUGCUUUCCUUGAAACCACCACCACCACCACCACCAAUAACAACAUCAACAACCCUUUUUCCGAUCAAUGUCGUAACUCCUCCUCUGCUGCUCUUCUUCAUCCUCCUCCUCCCUUUGACCGCCUAGACGAUGACCAACUUAUGUCCAUGUUUUCCGAUGACAUUUCCAUUCCUCAGCUCCCUCCUAACUCCCCUUCCAAUCCUUCCACUCCUUCCGACCAGAAUAGUAAUAAUGAUGAUAAAAACACCCCUACCGAUGAGGUUAUGUUUUCCUCACCCCUGCCCCCGCCCAUGAAGAAUGAACCUGCUGACGGUGAAAUUAGCUCCUCUUCUCAAGUUCUGCAGCAAUCUCAACCUCCUCCCCCGCCUUCCUCUGCCGUUGAUAACUCCAUUGAUCCUAAACGAGUUAAAAGAAUACUGGCAAAUCGACAAUCAGCACAAAGAUCGAGAGUGAGAAAAUUGCAAUACAUUUCUGAGCUGGAAAGAAAUGUAACUACAUUACAGACUGAAGUAUCAGCAUUGUCCCCAAGAGUUGCAUUUUUAGACCACCAAAGAUUGAUUCUAAAUGUUGAUAACAGUGCCCUCAAGCAAAGAAUUGCAGCUUUGGCUCAAGAUAAGAUUUUCAAAGAUGCUCAUCAAGAGGCAUUAAAGAAGGAAAUAGAGAGAUUGAGGCAAGUUUACCACCAACAAAGUAUGAAGAAAAUGAGCAACAAUCAAAAUGGGGCGGCGCAACCGCAAGCAGCGUUGUCCGGUGAAGGUACGCCGCCGUCGAAAGCGGGUGAGACGGAGAAAGAGAAGGCUCUAAGUUGACCGUGAAAAACCAUGAAUGAAUGAGUGAAUGAUAAUGCUAACACAAAAUCAAAACUUUCUUCACGUGAUUUCCUUCUAAUACCCACUUGGAUGUUUAUGUGGUGGGACCCACCUUGACAGCUUCACUAAUCAAUGGUCCGCCUCUUGACACGUGGAUGGAUUCAUUUAGGAUUGGUGAUUAUGAGAGACCAAAAAAAGAAAAAAAAAACAAUUUCUUUUUCUUUUUCUUCUAUUUUUUAUAGUGAUUUUUUCUUUUUAAAAAAUAUUGGGGUUUUUUUUAGGGUGGAUUUAUUAAUUGGAUUAAUUAAUGUAUUGAAGCAGAUGUUGUCAGGAAUUGGUGGUCUAAUUGUUUGAAUUUUUUUUUUAAUAUAUAUAAAUAUGCUUUUCUUUUGUAGCA